UCAGCGUGUGAUUGGGCGCGUCCGUGCGGUCGGGCUGUGGGCACUUCCGGAUCCCUGGUGUCAGCUCUGCGGGAGGAGAGACACAAUGGUGCGGGAUGGGAGCGCCUGAGAGGCUGUGACCCGGGGGAGAGCGGCUGGGAGUGACUGAGCGGAGCAUCGGGACAGGCAGCGGCAGGAGGACUGAGGCCCCCGGGACGUCAGCAGCCGGAAGGAUCUUUGCAAGUGAAAUGACUGAAUAUAAGCUUGUUGUGGUCGGAGCUGGAGGCGUGGGCAAGAGUGCUCUGACCAUCCAACUCAUCCAGAACCAUUUUGUUGAUGAAUACGAUCCCACUAUUGAGGACUCGUACAGGAAGCAGGUUGUGAUAGAUGGUGAAACAUGUCUCUUGGACAUUCUCGACACUGCAGGUCAAGAGGAGUAUAGUGCCAUGAGAGAUCAGUACAUGCGAACUGGAGAAGGAUUUCUUUGUGUCUUUGCUAUUAAUAAUACAAAAUCCUUUGAGGAUGUCCACCAUUACAGAGAACAGAUCAACAGGGUAAAAGAUUCAGAUGAUGUCCCAAUGGUAUUAGUUGGUAAUAAAUGUGACCUUCCAUCACGGACUGUGGACACAAAGCAAGCACAGGAUCUAGCAAAGAGUUAUGGGAUUCCAUUCAUAGAAACCUCAGCCAAAACAAGACAGGGAGUUGAAGAUGCGUUCUACACUCUUGUCCGUGAAAUCCGCAAGCACAAAGAGAAGAUCAACAAUGGGAAAAAGAAGAAAUCCUCCAAAAGGAAGUGUGUAAUUCUUUAAAACAAGUGCCAUCCAUCCCAAGGAACGCCAGCGAAGCCACAGCCUGUGUGCCAACUCAAACCAAGCAGAUUGUGUGGACUUAAGUAAUGCAGUGGAAGGGAAAUGAUUGCCAUGAAAUUCCAGAUUCCCUUCAUAUUUUGUUUUUAUUAUAGGAAACGCAUAAACCCAAAUUUUUUGGAAUGGGGGGAGCAGUUUUGAAGAAUACUCCUUUUUUGAAGCCCAUUUUCUUGUAUAGAAUUGAGACAGACACCUUAAUAUGUGUACAAACUUUUAAUGAAGAGACUAUUGCAGUACCCUCAGGACCUCUGUCCCCCCCUUCUCCCCACCUAAGGACAUCUUCUACCCCCAUUUUGGGGAGAAGCCAGCGUGUCUGAUCUGCUGUGAAUAAACAGAGUACCGGUCAGCAGUAUUUUAAGACUCAUCUAAAAGCCGAAAUCUAGGAACUUAAUAUGAGUGAUGAAGCCUUAGUUGUGAACAUAGUCUGAACAUGGGGAAACAUGCUAGAAAGAAAUAAAGGAAAAAGCAUCUUUUAAAAA